UCCACCCCACAGCGCAGCACGGGGUGCAAUAACUCCACCCACACACAUCCGCGUUGACAUGAACGUAUCCUGUGUCAAAGUUACCGGGGGUUGUUCACGCAAUUUGCUACGCGUCCUGCACCAGUUUCACGCCAUCCUUGCCCUCUCCAAAAAAAAUGCUUGCCCCGUCAAAACGCACGCGGCGUAAAGCCGCCGUGGUGGUUCUGCUGCUGAUCGCAAUUUUUCUGGUUGACAAACAAGUGGAUGGUUGCCCUGAUGUGAUGUACGAAUCAACGACUGGAAUUUGCUGUUUCAUGUGCAGUAAAGGGCAGUACAAGAUGUUUGAUUGCUCUUCUAACGAAGGGGAUUCAUUCUGCAGACAAUGUAGUCAUGGACACUACAUGGAUAAAGUCAACAAUGCGACAAAGUGCAACGAGUGCAGCCUCUGUGACGCCAACGAAGAAGUUGAUCAGCCGUGUAAUCUGAAACACAACGCCAUAUGCCGCUGCAGGGAGGGUUACUACCGCCAUGAUAUUUCAAAUCGUUGUGAGGAAACUGGGCAUGCAUAUGCUGGCAUAAUUGCCUCAGUGAUCGUGGUUAUGAUUUUGGCAGUGAGUCUUUUCAUUUGUAUUGUAAAGAGGAAAACAUCAAGGAGGACCAAUGCACAUUACAUAUUUGUUCAGAAUGAUGAUGCUCUUAAACGUUACAAUGAAUACUUAAAAGACAAGACAAUGUACAUAGCAGACUACAACUUAGGAAAAAAUAUACUCCUGGAAAACAGAUUCGUGUGUCCUUUGUUAUUCCCAAUUGAUCACGUUGGGUAUGACAAGGGGCAUUAUUUCAUGUCCAGGCAAACGAAACACACCCACACAUUAGAAAACAAACCAAUGCAUUAUCAACAAUUGUUUGACCAAAUUCUAGAGUCACCGCCUCGCCUAGUUGUGCUCACUGGUGAUCCCGGAAUUGGAAAAUCCACUCUGUGUCAAAAGAUUGUGUACGAUUUUGUUUCUGGAGAUUUGUUUAGUCACUCCUUUAAGCACAUUAUCUUCUUAAGAUUUAAGGAAAUCAAUCAUUUUACCGAUGAGAUUUCAUUCAGAGAACUUUUGGCAAAAAUUCAUUUGGGUAUAGAAACGUUUCCCGACCUCCCGACAGCAAAAGAUAUCAUUAUAGUAUUUGAUGGGUUGGAUGAAUUCAGAGAUCGUCUCGACUUUAACUUAUCCAGCAGUGAUCCAAAUAAAAAAAGUAAAGUUAAUGAAAUAAUUGCUGGUCUGAUAGAAGGAAAGUUGUUGAAAGGGGCUUCUAUUUUACUUACAACACGAAAGGUUUCGCUGGACCAAUUGGCUCCCGUUAAGGUCGACCAAUACGUUGAGAUUGUAGGAUUUCACGAAGAGGAAAUAAAAAAAUACUUGACAAAGAUGUUCCCGCAAGAUAACUUAGCAAGCGAUGUCUAUGAGAGAGUACAACAAUGUGAUCGCUUGUUCAAUUUCUGUUACAUCCCUGCCUUCUGCUGGAUAAUAGCUUCAACAUUCAAAUCAUGUUUGAACAUGGACAACAUUUUUCUCAAACUAUUUACGUCAAACACCACAACCGAACUAUUAUCAAAGUUUAUUUUUCUGCUACUUAAUCAUCACACAGGAAAACAAAUCGAUGUCAAUGAAUCCAUAUCGUCACUUGCUAAUAUAGCAUUGUGGGGACUUGAAAAAUACACUCAACAGUUUGAGAAAAAACAUUUGAAAGAAUUUAAUGUGAACCCACAAAAGCUGAACGAUACUUUUUUGCGUGAGAUAUUUAAACCUGAAGACGUUUUAAGAAAAACAAAUUACGUAUUUUUUCACGAGUCAAUACAAGAGUAUUUUGCUGCGUUGGCUUUUUAUCUGCCGGACCCAAAAAUAACAAUUUCAGAGUUCAUUAAAAGAACGGAGUCAUGUGAUGAUGGACAUUACGAUGUGGUUAAAUUGUUUUUGUGUGGCUUGGCAUCCGAAAAAUCAUUGGAAAACUUAGGUGACUACAUUGACACACCAGAUUUGACUCAUAAAAAAAUAUUAAUUGACUGGCUGAAAAAUGACAUCGGUCAGUACAAAUCUGACAAGAAAAAGAUCAUUCAUAUUUUGCAUUGUAUAUUUGAGUUACAAGACAUACAGGCCACACGUGAUAUUACAGAUGGUGUAGAAGAGAUUGACAUUUCAGAGGUGCAUAUUUCAUCAAUGGAUUGUAUUGCGCUCUCCAAUCUCUUGAAAAAUCUCAAGAAACCCAUAGACACACUCAAUCUGAGUAAAUGUCGCAUCAGCUUUUGUGAACUAAAAAGACUGGUGCCUGCUGUAAAGAACUGCAAAAGAUUGAUACUCCUAGGCAACCCACUUGGUGAUGACAAGUUGAAGUUUCUGGCCGAAGAGAUGGAGGAAUGUGGAAAUCUGGAGGUGUUAGAUUUGCAAUCUUGCCAGCUGACAAAUGAAUCAAUCUCUGCUCUCCAGAAGAUCGUUAUGGCCAACAGUAACUUAAAGACACUCAGGCUCUGCAAUAACGAAUUUGAUGCCAAAUUCAGGAAACUGUUUUUUCGAAUGGAGAUAAACAAGAAUGUGGAAGUAUUAUUAAGCGACGAUCCUCUCGAUCAAGCAAUCCAUAAAGUCUAAUUGGGCAUCCUCUGAAGGGCCAGGGCCUAAAACACCACCCAUUACAACAAACGCAUUAUCUGGCAUUGAUGGAGAACGGAGGGUGCCGGUUAUGAGUUAUACUUAUGGUUCAAAUUUUCCAAGUUCAUAAACCUUUUCAAGAAAGAAAUUAACGAAGACAUGAGCAAUAACUUCAGAGAUACUCAAGUCAGGAUGGACCAGACAUUCAGCAAGUUACAAUACAGCACAACGCGAUCACAAUUGUGGAUAGCAGAUGUUUGCAAGAGGCCGCCCACACCGCCAAUCGGCAGCAUCCUGAAACUUCCUUAAACAAUAGAUCUAUCGAGAAGAGCGUGGCAAAAUGCAAGAUGGAUAUUGUAUUUUUUUUAGAUACGUGAAGAUUUGAGAGAUGGUUAAGAGCACUGGAUAGUACGUGCCGGAAGUAUUUUUUGCUGUAUAUAUUAAAGGUAGUGUUAUUAACCGAGGUUUUUGUAACAGGUGACACAUUGUACAUAUUAGCAGCAUAUCUAAUUAUUAUUUACCUUUUCUAGAUAUGUAAAUACGGAUAACAUGGACCAUAUCAAUUGUUUUAAAUGAUUGGCUAGUGUAAUGCCAUAAUAAAGCAGUGCCUUUCAGCUGUGGCAGCAUCAGGACCUUAGCAGCAGUGGUGAAAGGUAAUCAUUUUUCAUUAAUCUCCACAGCCAAUAUUUCUGGAUGAAUGCCAACCAACACCAACGGAUAUCAUCAAUUAGUCUCCCACUGGUUAUCCUUUUGGGAGGAUUCUCACCAUUAUCAACGUUGGUUAUGUGCGGCGCGAAAUAAAGUUCAACAUGCCACUCUGUCAAUGUCCAUCAGACAUCACCCCCGAUCAAAUCUAGCUACGCGUCAUGUCAAAACCCACCCAGUUCUGAUUUCAUUUGAAAUCUCAAUAGAAUGUACACAUGGUAUGCAUGUAUUUUUGCAUUGGAAUAAAUUGUUCGAUUUUUAUGAGGAUUAAUGUGAUGGUGCUUCGAGUGGCAGAUGUACUGAAGGUACCGUGUCAGCAAAAAGAAAAACGUUGGAAAGAUAAAAUAUUUUAUUUCAAUUAUACCAGUAUUUAAAGUUAAAAUGUAAAGUUAUUUAAAAACCACCACAUUUGCAAUAUAUUAUAUGAAAACCAAUCCGUUUGGUUCCAACAUUAUAAUUGACAACUCCCAAUCCAUUUAAGUACAUGUCUAAAAAACUUAAAAUGUUUACGCAAUACUAAAAACACUGGCAGUUCGAAUAUAAUACCAAUGAAUGCACCGCAAAUACCUCCCUAUGUUAAGUACACCAAUAAAAAAAACACGGCAGAGCAUUCGCAAAACCGAGACAACCCAGCCGUGUAUCGAGACGCGUUUCCCACACUGCAGCUGUGAGAGUCGGAACUGGAGGGAAGUCUUCCCCGUAUGGCGAACCAUUUCAAGAUUAGCGUUCAGACUUUGAAAAAUAGGGUUUGCGGUAGAAGAGCAAAUUAGGUUUCGGCUAUCAUUUGAUUAGGACAAUUUGCACACAAGAUUCACACAAGUCUCAACUGCCUUUUCUUCAUGUUUUUACAGCCAAUGUUCAGUGGGCUUUCAAAGCGCAUUGCACAGGAAUCGUUAAUAUACAAAAGGGCUACUAUAAACUUAAGCUGUGUAUGGAGGCCCGGUACAAGAGUAGACUUCCGAAAACAUUCCGCAAUGUCUAGCUUUAAAAAAA